AUACAUAAAUACAUCGAAAGGAAAARKGGAUUAUCAACAAAUCAAUGAGAGAGAGGAUCAACAAUUGCCCCCUAACUAUAGAUCAGAUCCAGCAGACGAGAAAGAAAAUUCCGCACUGCUGCUGAGUCGUCGGACUUAUCCACCAAGGGAUUCGUGGAAUUUCUCGCCCCCUUUUGGGUAUGCASGUACUAAGAGUCCUCUCACUACCAACCAGCAGACAUCAUCUGGCUGGGUCUUGCCAGGGAGAUCGGAGCAACAGGUAACGCCUAGACGACGUUUUUAUUCCUGGGCUGCAGUAAGUAGAUCGAGAGGUCGUUUCGCCCCUUGUCCCCGAAUAUGGGUAAUAUGUUCUCAUACAAUGUUGCUCCAAUCUGACCUAGCUGGCGAGCGAUCCCAGUUCGCGACAGAGAACAAGACAGCAAGCGAGCGUACCUUUGUUCGCUUCUUCUCCACCAAGCACGGAAGUUUAAGGAUAACUGUAGGUCRGUGGCUACCUAAGGAAACUCCGAUUCGAUCCGCCCCCUGGCUGGGAGGCAUCUACCUCAUCCCGAUCACAAGGAGAGGUUCACUAUGAUGGGGGGUACUUCUUUUUUUCCCUUCCGGAAAGAAUGAAACGCAUAGGGGACCAUCCUUUUGUUGCGGCAUGCUCCUCAGAUUUACGGAU